GCGCUGCGGCCAUUGUUCAAGGUUCGCUUUUGGGAAUUGCUUCUGUUCUUCCACCGCGCAAUAUAAGGGCAUUCUUAGAAGGCCAGGCGAGUUCCGGUGUCAUCGCUGCUGUCGCUCAGAUCUUGAGCCUUGCCGGCUCCUCUCUUAUCACAACCAGUGCAUUCGCCUACUUUCUUGUUGCGUUGAUCUUUCUUGGUCUGUCAACUGCACUGACAUUGGCUUUGAAACGGAAUGAGCACUUUUUGUACUACUGGAAAGCCGAAUCCACCUAUCAGACGAAGGAAGAGGAAAGCAAAGACAGGGGUGCCAAUGCUUCUGGACUCAGUGCUGACACCUUGGACACACUGGUUGAAUCCAAUGGCCAGCACAAAACGGGUUCCUCACCAAUGCGUCUGUUAAAAUCGUUGGGUGAGAUGUGGGUUCACGGUUGCUGCGUGAUGGUCACCCUAAUGUUCACACUGAUGUUGUUUCCUGCUCUACUCCAACCAAUCAAGUCGAUGAUUGACGAUCCCGAGAACGUAUGGGCAUCUAAAUUUUUUAUCCCUGUUAUUGUAUUCUUGUCAUUCAACCUCUUCGACUGGAUUGGUCGUACCCUGGCCGGCUUCAUCAAAUGGGCUGCUCUUACUCCCACACUGGACUCGUUGGGCAUUGAUGUGUACUGUGUCUCAGAAACAAGAAUUCAAGAUGCAAGCACAGUGACUGAGCUAACCGCCCCAUCACUCUCCACUCGCUUCCAGCUGCGCACAUCUGGUGAUCCUGAGGCUGCUACAAUUGGAUAUGUUGGGGUUGGUAUCAUCCUGAGUCACGGUGCGGAAGUAUCCUUGCUUGACUGGAUAUCCGUUGACAGUCACAUCCGUUCGGUUCGUCUAGCAACGUCUGUGAAGGAGUUUAACAAGCUGGAAGUUGAUCGAUGCCUGUUUAUCGUGUUUGCUUACGCUCAAACAGACUGUAGCUCUGAUGCCGUCAAAGAUGGGUUUUAUGACAUCCUGAAUGCUCUGCUGCAGCAAGCUAAAAGCUCAGAUACUGUGGUGAUUGCCGGAGAUCUGAAUGCACAAGUGGAAAAGCUUAACGUAUCUGAGACUCAAUUAGGAAGUCGAUAUGGAUUGGACU